UUUUUCUAAACCGGGGAUCGGGGGCGCGGCGCCCCGAUACUCACGGCUGGCGCCCCCUUGCCGAAUUUCCGAUUAAACUUGCAAGUCCUAUAUAUUUCUUGAGCCGCGCACGCUUCAUGCUGCCGUACGACAUAAAAUCUUACUAAGAUAUAUUUCUCCCCGUGAAAACUUCCCAGCACCACCACCUGACAAUGUGUCUGAACACAAAACACACUAAAAGUACUAAAAAAAUAUUUCAAUGGCGGUAGAUACAUCGAUAAAACGGUGCAGAAGCCUUCCGAUUUGGCGUUUCCAGGUCGACCCGCCAUUUUGUUUCUGUGUUAGCUACUCUCGCGAGAUUUGAUAUAGUUAACAUGAAGGGUCAGCUGACUUACAAGCGAGAGUUCUCGAGACUGGAUGACCUUUCACCCACCGGCGCGGGAGCUUUGACAGGAAGGUCGCUUGUUGUUUUUCUUGACGAUUUGGCAUUUAAACAUGUCGUCCCGCGGCACAAAACGGAAGAAGUUAAAAGUCUGUCUGCCGGGGCAGAAGAAGAUGACUUCUUUUUUGGGAACAGCGGAAGCGAAAGAAGACGGCAGCGACGGAGAGAUGGGCGAGAUCGUGGGAUCGGUCCAUGCCGCCAGGACCGGGCCGGCCUCCGUGCAGGACGCGCCAACGAGCGGUGCCGCGGAACCGACAGUCCCUAAUCAGGACCAGGUGGCGGCUGGGACGUCAGGGGAGGAGCAGGAGCAGGAGUGUUCCUUGGAAGAACAGAACAAGAAAAGGGCACAGUUCCUGGAACAGUUCAAGAAGAAGGAGAAGAAGAAGAAGAACGGAGGACACCUGGUUGGGUACCAGGAGAAGUGGGAGACGAUGUUUGACUGGCUCUACCCCGUCAACGACUACACUGGGCUGAUGUGCCGCGUUUGCAAGCGGCACAACAUGCGCCAAAAAAACGGUGAAUACAUCUGGAGCCGUAUCCCCAGCACUAGCCUGAGGACUGACAAGGUCUGGGACCACCACAGGUCAGAACAACACAAGAAAGCAGUGGCCUUGGACACUGCCCGUAUUGCUGCUGAGGUGAAUGGAGGCAUUCGCCAGGCAAUGGCAGUGAAUGUUUCCCUCAACCGCGAAGCUGUCAAGGCAGCUCUCAAGGUGGUCUACCACCUGGCCAAGAAGGAGAUACCCCACCACACCAACUUCAAAGACUUGGUCAAGUUUGCCUCCACAGAGUUAGGUUGUGACGUGUUCAACCGGCUGAAUGUUGCUGGUAAUGCAACCUAUACCAGCAGCACAGUGGUGGAUGAGUUCCUCGCUGUGCUGGGCACUCAACUGGAAGAAGACCAGCUGAACACCAUCAAAGGCAGCCCAUUCCUGGGACUGAUGUGUGAUGAGACAGUAGACAUCUCCACCACAAAUGAGUUGGUACUGUACUGCAGGUGCAUUGAUGGUCAUGGCGAGUUCCAGGCCCACUUCAUGAAGGUCAUCGCCUUAAAGGAUGGAAAAGCCAACACAAUCAAAGCUGCCCUCAGCCAGUACCUUGAGCAGAAGGACCUGUCCAUUCAGAAGGUGGCAGGGUUUGGCUCCGAUGGGGCAGCUUGUAUGAUAGGAAACCGAAGUGGUGUUGCCACACAGCUCAAGGAGGAAAAUGCAAGGAUUGUAAGCAUCCACUGCAUUGCACACAGACUUGCCCUUGCCGUCGGGCAAGCAGGGAACAAGGUGAAGUUCAUCGGCGACGUCUUCAAGCCAAACCUGAUGAGCCUGUUCCUGUACUAUUAUGGCAGUGCUGUGCGUUCAGAAGGCCUGAAAGAGAUACAGAAAAUCCUCCAGGAGAUGGAGCUGAAACUAAAGCAGCCAAAGGAUGUCAGGUGGCUGUCACAUGACGCUGCAACAGAUGCGCUUUACAAGUCCCUACCCAGUGUCCUGGUUCACCUUAAUCAGGAAAUGAAUAAGGGGGUUGCUGCGGCCAACGGUCUCUGGAGCUGGCUCCGGACGUAUAAGACCAUAGCAACCCUCUACCUGCUGUGUGAUGUCCUUCCUCACAUGUCAGCCCUCAGCAAGUGCUUUCAGCAGAAACGCCUAGACCUCACAGAGAUCCACAACACAGUGGACAGGAAGAAGGACGUGGUACGCAAGGCCAGGGAUCAGCCACUAGAGGAGUUGAGGCUUUCCAAACUAGAUGAGGAGCUGGGUCCAGGGGGACGACUGGAUGGCCUGGACAUCCUGGUCUCUGAGCGGGAUCGUCAAGAGUUCAGCAGUGUUCGUAGGCAAUUCAUAGACAACCUGCUGGAGAAUCUGGAGGAGCGAUUCCCCCAGACUGAGCUGUUGUCAGCAUUUGGGGUCUUGGAUCCUGCCAACCUGAAAACCCCAAUGCCAGGAGGAUAUGGGUGGCCAGAGAUCGAGAAGCUGACCGCCUUUUACAAUGAAGAGCCCUAUCCCAUCGACAGCCACGCCAUCAGGGAUGAGUGGAUCGCCUUCAGGCAGCACCUGGGCAGUUACCGCCAGAAGACGCCCAAAGAGAUGUGCCAGGUGCUGUCUGCCAACCCAACACUGGCAUGCCAGUACCCCAACAUUGCAUCCCUGUAUGCAAGGAUGGUUGUAAUCCCUGUCCACACAGCCGACUGCGAGAGGGCCUUCUCCACCCUGAAAAGGGUGAAGACAAGGCUGAGGUCCACCCUGACCACCGCCAACCUCAACCACCUGCUCCGAAUCAGCAUCAUGGGGCCUGCCAUGGACAGUUUUGACUUCGACAAGGCAGUGGCUCGCUGGGGUAGUCUCAGGAACAGGCGCUUGUUGGUCUGAUUACUACCUGAGCAGAAAUGGACUUUCGUUUGGAGUUCUGUUGGCUACUUCAUUUAUUCCUUUAUUAAGAAACCUUUUAGCCCAUUAAGUAACAGUAAGUUAGAAGGGCAUUGCCACCUUGGUUGCUUUGUAACCUGCAUGAUAGCUUGCCUAUAGUACCAUUUUAACAUUGGAUGUUUUUAUACCUUAGUGAUAACUGUAGAGUGCCAUCUUAAGUAAUUGCCUUGGAUGUUAAAGGGUAAAGUUAAAGUUAAAGUUGCCCAUACAUCAGUGUACAUCAGCCUUGGAUGUAUUUAACCUAAAUGAUAUCUGUAGUGGUAAUAAAGAUGUUUCUUGUUCAUGUGUUCUUCCAGCAGGCUUCCAAAGCACAUUUUUUGUAUUCACUUCUAUUUAAUGCAUUCACUGUACUUUAGAGUCUGUAAUGUUCUGCAUCUUGUCCUUUUUCAGUUAACUGAGUUACCAUACUGGUCCGUCGUAAAGCCUCAGAAUAAUCAGUUUUACAGCAAAUUUUCAAAAGCUCUGCACCGUACAAUGGUGGUAAAAAUAACCUCAGAGUGACCAAUUUUUACUUCAAUUUUUCAAAAGCUCCGUACCCUGGA